AUGUACAAGGCCCUCGUUCUCGCUGCUGCUUUUGCAUCUGUUGCUUUCGCUAAAGUCUCUGUAAAGGGAUACGAAGCCAACAUCAAGGCUGGCGACCUUUCUUGCAAGUUUGGCAGCGGUGACAUUCUCUCCGCCUGCGGCAACUGCGCCAAGAGCAUUACUGAAUGCGCUACCUCGAACCCUAACAAGACCAAGGAGGUUUGCAUUAGCGACAUCUCGAGCUUCGCUAAAGAUUGCGGUGGUUGCGCUGUUGACAUCCUCGAGUGUCUCUGA